CGGCCGUCGCCUGUUCCAUUCUUUUUGGUUUUCUGGGUCAGGGUCAAAAAUGGCCUUUGAGGGCUUAGAUUUUGUGAUUUGGGGCUGUUAUUUGAAGCCCAUUUAAUAUAUUAAUUUUAAACCCUAAUUUCCCCGCAAACCCUAACGGCUUCUCCGCAUCUUACAGGAUUUGAGGCAGCGGCAGAAACCAAUGGUUCCCAAAGUUGAGAAGAAGGUAAAUCCGAAGGCACAGGCCUUGAAGGCUGCAAAGGCGGUGAAAUCUGGAACCACAUUUAAGAAGAAGACAGAGAAGAUCCGAACAAAGGUUACAUUCCACAGGCCAAGGACGUUGAAGAAGGAUAGGAACCCCAAGUACCCACGCAUUAGUGCUCCCCAAGGAACAAACUUGAUCAUUAUCAGAUUCUCAAGUUCCCCCUCACAACCGAGUCAGCUAUGAAGAAGAUUGAAGAUAACAACACUUUGGUCUUCAUUGUCGACAUUCGCGCAGACAAGAAGAU